CUUCAUUCCCAAAAACGCCCAUAAAAUUCAUAAAAUGCUGAGAGGCAAAAAAAAGAGUAAAUGCGACGCUUGAUGCCUGAAACCAAUCGGAAACGACGUUUUCGCACGCAUUUUCUCCCGGGGUCGCCGAUUGCCGACUCACUGAUCUCGAUUUCUCACCGGAAUUAAGCUAAUCGGUACUGUAAUGGCUGCUAAUACGAAUCCGGAUCCCUACUCCGGCGCUACGGUCAAGCCUCUCCUGCUGCCGGAGAUUGGUCCCGAUGGCAUCGCCAGAGAAUCCCCCGUCAUCGCCUACACCGAAAAGCUCAUUGAGGAAGAGAAACUUCAUUUGAGGAAAUAUAUCGAAGAAAAUUAUUCCAAGAUUCGUGAUGUUGAACGUGAAUUGACAAAUCUUACAAUGGAGAUGAAACUUACCGCAGGGCCCAAGAAAGCAGCACUUGAACACCUGAGAAAGAAAAUAGAAUUGACAACUGAGCGAAUUCAUGUUGCCAAGCUGAAGGAAGAACAAGCACGCAAGGAAUGGGAAGCAGCAAAACAAGCUGUAAAGGAUGAGGAAGCUAUAAAACAGAAGCUUUGUGAAGAUCUAAAUAAUCUGGUUCAAGAAAGUAAUAACACCCAGUUUGCAAGAUUGGAAGAGCUAAAGAGGCGGUUAGAGGCUUUAAACCCAAGCAAAUCACACACUUCAAUCCCUUAUGAUAAGAGUCCAGCAGGAACUCCCCAGAUCAAUGCAACUCAAGCAACUCAAGAUGCUUCUGUUAUUCCUAAUACACCUGAAUCGUGUGCAAAUUCAUCCAAGGAACAAAUUUCUGGAAAUCUCGCCUCGCCAAACAGCCACAACCAACAACAAUCUUCAACUGACAGUGAGGGAAGCUCAAAGAAGAAAUCAAUUGUCAAUGGAAGAGGAAGGGGAAUUGGUGCAGUACCAAAGGGUAGAAGUUCGGCAACACAUGGUUGGACCGGUGCCGGUUUUGACGUGGAUGGUAGAAAUUGAAACUUGCUCUUUUUUUAUCUCACGCAGGCAUGAAAAAGGAGUUUGAAUUCUUGCAAGCACACAUGUGGAUGACAAAUUUCAAGGUCAAAGGAAUUAAACGCUUCUGGAUUGUGGUACCACUGAAAUGUUUACCACCACCUUUAAUGGGGCUCAUGCGGCGUACGUGAACUUCUUUUACUGCAAUAUACCAAUAAGCCAGAGCCCAAAUUGCAGUUAUUAAGGGGUACUAUUGGUGUGAUACUAAUGCCAUGGGUUGUACAUUUUCACUGUGCAGGAAAGGAGUUUGGAAAUGGGGUUAGGGGGUAGCACAUGAGUUAGUAAAUAGUUUAUGUAAUGAGUGUGAAUUUAUUACCCUGCGACUCUAGUCGCGUAGGAAAAUAAAUUCUCACUCAUUAUAUAACCUAAUUUCAUACCGUUAUCAUUUUUCUUUGAUUCUCUAAGUUCGACUUUUACUCAUUACUUAGAGCCUACGUUUCAUUUCCUUUUGGUCAUUCGAAACUAAGGGCCCGUUUG